CUGGUGCUGUCGGGGAAAGGAGGCGUAGGGAAGAGCACCAUUUCGACAGAGCUGGCGUUGGCGUUGCAUCACGCUGGGAAAAAGGUCGGGAUCCUGGACGCGGACCUCUGUGGCCCCAGCAUCCCUCGCAUGCUCAAUGCGCAGGACCGAGACAUUCACCAGUGUGACGGCGGCUGGGUGCCGGUCUUUGUGGACCAAGACAAAGGCAUCGCCCUCAUGUCCAUUGGCUUCCUCCUGGAGAAGCCGGAUGUAUGGAGAGGACCCAAGAAAAAUGCGUUGAUAAAACAGUUUGUCAGCGACGUGGCCUGGGGAGAACUCGACUUCUUGAUCGUGGAUACGUUGCCCGGGACUUCUGACGAGCACAUCUCCACCAUUGAAUCCCUCCGACCGUACAAGCCGCUGGGGGCAGUGUUGGUUACAACAACGCAGGCCGUCUCCAUGGGGGACGUGAGGUGGGAGCUGACCUUCUGCAAGAAGACGGGCUUGCGCGUCCUCGGGAUCAUAGAGAACAUGAGCGGCUUUGUCUGCCCGCACUGCUCGGAAUGCACAAAUCUCUUUUCCAAAGGGGGCGGGCAGGAGCUGGCCAAGCACGCCAGGGUGCCGUUCCUUGGCUGCGUGCCGCUCGACCCACAGCUGAGCCGGAGCUUGGAAGAAGGCAGCGACUUCCUGCAGGAAUUUCCCAAGAGUUCGGCCUUCCCUGCGCUAGCCAAUAUCGCCCAGCAAAUCUUGGCAGGGGCGUCCAGUCACAGCUCCUGAGGCGGGUGCGAAGGCUGGAAACUACGCCGGCGCCUCCCCUUCACGCAAAG